UGUGUGUGCAGUAAACACCAUCUCAUCCUCUGAGCAUUAUCGUUUCCUUCCUCCUCUUCCUGUCUGGGGCACAGGUGGCCAAAUGAGGUGUGUGUCUCUGAUUUCCUUCAGACAGUAGACCUUUGUGAGGUUACAAUGUCUCUCCCGACAGACUGGCUUUCAGACUCAGUCUGUCUCUUAUCUGACACAGUCACUAAUUUGCCCAUUUUGGCUGAAUUGGCUGAUCUUUCAUGUUUACUUGAACAGCAAAAUCACAUCUCCUCUGCAGAUAUUGUGUUUGUGAUUUCUUAUAACUAAUAAGAGAUGGAAUAUUUGACUGCUGAUGUUGAAACUCCUGACACCAACUUCAGCAGUUUUACCCAUGUUGGGCAAGAGUGUACUCUUUUACUUUAGUUUCAGGAAUUCAAAAAAUCUUAAUAGUUACCCAACUGAUUAAACAGACAGCAACAAAUGAGGUCUGCUGACAUUUGUCUGCUGCACUGUAUACAUUAGGAACUGCCAUGUGUCAUCAUGAUUGAAGGAAGUAAUUAUAUCAGCUGGAGUUUUAAUGGUAAUAACUAAAAAUGUAACAGGUCUCAUUCUGUGCGGUCAUGCAGAUGAGAUGUCGGAGAGUCGGCAGACCCAUGUGACCCUACAUGACAUUGAUUCCCAGGCUUUGGAGCAGCUGGUCCAGUACGCCUACACAGCAGAGAUCGUGGUCGGGGAGGGCAAUGUGCAGACACUGCUUCCAGCUGCGAGCCUGCUACAGCUCAACGGGGUGCGGGACGCCUGCUGUAAGUUCCUCCUGAGCCAACUGGACCCCUCAAACUGCCUGGGCAUCCGAGGCUUUGCUGACACACACUCCUGCAGCGACCUGCUCAAGUCAGCACACAAAUAUGUCCUGCAGCACUUUGUGGAGGUGUCCAAGACAGAGGAGUUUAUGCUGCUGCCACUGAAACAGGUACUGGAUUUAAUCUCCAGUGACAAUCUUAAUGUGCCAUCUGAAGAGGAAGUAUACCGGGCCGUGUUGAGCUGGGUCAAACAUGAUAUAGAUGGACGCAGGCAACAUGUGCCUUGGCUGAUGAAGUGUGUGCGACUGCCACUGCUGAGGCGAGACUUCCUGAUGAGUAACGUGGAUACAGAGCUGCUGGUGCGUCACCACUCGGAAUGCAAGGACCUGCUGAUCGAGGCCCUCAAGUACCACCUGAUGCCUGAGCAGAGGGGAGUCCUGAGCAACAGCAGAACACGCCCACGACGCUGUGAGGGUGCCAGCCCUGUGCUCUUCGCCGUUGGUCAGUGUGCCCCUGAAGGUGGGGGCAGCUUGUUCGCCAUCCAUGGAGACUGUGAGGCGUAUGACACCAGGACAGACCGCUGGCACAUGGUGGCAUCCAUGUCCACUCGGCGGGCACGAGUGGGCGUGGCAGCCAUUGGGAACAGACUCUAUGCUGUUGGAGGGUAUGAUGGAACCUCAGACCUUGCAACUGUGGAGUCGUAUGACCCCAUCACUAACUCAUGGCAACCUGAGGUUUCCAUGGGAACACGGAGGAGCUGUUUGGGUGUAGCGGUCUUGCAUGGUCUGCUGUAUGCUGCUGGAGGUUAUGAUGGAGCUUCUUGCCUCAACAGUGCAGAGCGUUAUGACCCUCUGACCAGUACAUGGACCUCAAUUGCUGCCAUGAGCACCCGAAGGAGAUAUGUCCGAGUAGCAACUCUGGAUGGCAGCUUGUAUGCAGUGGGAGGUUAUGACAGCUCCUCACAUCUUGCAACAGUGGAGAAAUAUGAGCCCCAGAGCAACACAUGGACAGCCAUUGCCAACAUGCUGAGUCGGCGCAGCAGUGCCGGGGUGGCCGUACUGGAUGGUAUGCUGUAUGUCGCAGGAGGAAAUGACGGCACCAGCUGCCUGAACUCUGUGGAGCGGUUCAGCCCCAAGACCAACACCUGGGAGGGAGUGGCCCCAAUGAACAUACGCAGGAGCACCCAUGACCUGGUGGCUAUGGAUGGCUGGUUAUACGCAGUGGGAGGUAACGAUGGAAGCUCCAGUCUCAACUCCAUUGAGAAGUACAACCCGCGCAGUAACAAAUGGGUCGCAGCAUCCUGCAUGUUCACACGGCGCAGCAGUGUGGGCGUGGCUGUGCUGGAGCUGCUGAACUUCCCGCCACCCUCUUCGCCCACCCUCUCGGUUUCCUCCACCAGCCUUUGACACGGGGUCACCGCUUGGCUGACCUCAGCCUCUGCUGCUACAGCCCAGACUGGCUCUGGGAAGAGACGCAAUUGUUCUGUUUGAGAGGUGGUGGAGGGAAGGU